UUGAGGGGACGCGGGGGGCGGGGCGCGCGGUGCGGCUGUCAACAGGGGCGGGAGGACGCCAUGGACAACUUCCAGAAGGUGGAGAAGAUCGGAGAGGGCACCUACGGUGUGGUCUACAAGGCUAUGAAUAAAGUGACGGGAGAGAUGGUGGCUCUGAAAAAGAUAAGACUGGACGCGGAAAUGGAAGGAGUGCCCAGUACUGCUAUUCGAGAAAUAUCAUUGUUAAAAGAAUUAAAUCAUCGAAAUAUUGUGAGACUGCUAGAUGUUAUCCACAGUGAAAAGAAAUUGUACUUGGUGUUUGAAUUUCUCAAUCAAGAUCUGAAGAAGUAUAUGGACUCUGCUCCACCUACUGGACUCCCUUUGCAAUUAGUUAAGAGUUAUCUAUUCCAGCUGCUUCAAGGUGUCGCAUUCUGUCACUCUCACAGAGUUCUUCAUCGAGAUCUGAAACCACAAAACUUGCUCAUUAAUGAUGGUGGUGCAAUCAAGUUGGCAGAUUUUGGAUUGGCAAGGGCUUUCGGAGUUCCUGUGCGCACAUAUACUCACGAGGUUGUAACUUUGUGGUAUAGAGCACCCGAAAUUUUAAUGGGAUGCAAAUUUUACUCAACGGCGGUGGAUGUUUGGAGCAUCGGAUGCAUUUUUGCAGAAAUGGUUACAAGAAAACCUUUGUUUCCUGGAGAUUCUGAAAUUGACCAGCUUUUCAGAAUUUUCCGCACACUUGGCACACCGAAUGAGUCUGUGUGGCCUGGAGUUACUCAACUACCUGACUAUAAAGCAAAUUUUCCGCGGUGGAGCAGACAAGAUUUCAGCAAGAUACUACCCAAUCUGGACAUAGAUGGCAAAGAUCUGCUGAUGCAAAUGCUCCAGUAUGAUCCUAACAAGCGAAUUUCUGCGAAAGUUGCUAUAAGUCAUCGAUUUUUCCGUGAUGUAACUAUUCAGCUACCACAUUUACAGCUGUAGAGUGAUCUUCAAUCCGAAAAUAAAGAAAACAGCUUAUUUACUUGCUUUAUAUAUUUUUUUAAUGCACUAUUUACCUAGCAAUUAUGCUAUUUAUCAGAAAUUGAGAAUUGCACUUGUAUUUUGUCAAGUGUGCAGAUUAAAUAAAAAUUUGUCAUAAUCUCUGAAGACAAUGAAAAAUACAGAUAUGUAUUGCAUUGUGUGCAGCGGUUCAGUAAGUUUAAAAUGUUUUAUUUAGAUUUUCUAAAAUGUUAUCUGUGAAAUCCCAUGUUUUAAUAAAAACAACUUGGAAAUAUAAUAGGAAAUAGGUUGAUAUUUAAAUGGAUAUAAAUUGGUAUACAAUAAAGGAAUAAAAGAUCCUGUAAACCUGGUUUAUUUAUUUUUAUUUUUAACAUAUUUUAAGGCUUAACCCCAAUUCUAUGCCUAGGUAAAGAAAAUAACAGCUGUCUAGAUUUGCUGGUUUUCUAAUUAAUGAAAAAUUCAAAUAUUCAUUUCUUUAUCAAACCAUAGAAUCGGAGAAUUCCAUUUAAUCCAUGGUCUACAUUGAAUUAGAUAAUUGAAACAGGGCCCCUAUGGAUAUUGAAAAUUGAUCCAUACUCCCAUUCACUAUCCAUUAAUCCAAAAUACAUAUCUGGAUAUUGAAUGUGCAUAUCCAGGACCUUCCAUGUGUUUAAACGAACAAAAGAUGUCACGCUUAAAAAAAAUUACGAGAAUAUUUGCUCAUAGUAAAAUUAUAGGUGUUCAUGUUACAUAGAAAGGAGAAAGAAAGAAAUUCUAAACAAAUAAUCACAUGUAUCCUCUUGGUUAAUAGUUGAAACCAGUCUUGGUUGGGAUUGCAUGCUUUGAUUUUUCUUUCCCCUUCUGCAAGGACGUGGCUGAAAUCCUACUGAGCAUGUCACCAUAUGUUUCUUCAAUUUAUGAGUUCUCAUUGUGUAUUUAAUACCAAAGAGGUGACCAAGUUGCCUUGGGGAAAUUGUUUUGCCAUGUUGUUUAUUUUUUAAUUAUUGAUUUUGUAGUUUGAGUAAUAGUAUAAAUAAAUACCAUUGAAUGUAAA